UCCAAAAGUGCAUAAAUAGAAUCAAAACAAAUAAUUCAGGAUCAAAAUAAUCAUUAAAAUAAUGAGUUCCAGCGAUAAUGAGGGCAAUAAUUAUAUGGAAGAUGAUGAAGAUGAUAGCCUGUGCAAGUACGGUACACAGUUGGCACAAUAUGAAGCAGACGAAAUUCCAACAAAAAAGCCACUGCAAGUAGAAGAUAUGGUUGUUAAGGAUGAAAAUGGCAGGAGGAGAUUCCAUGGAGCAUUUACAGGUGGUUUUUCAGCUGGAUAUUGGAAUACAGUUGGAUCUAAAGAAGGCUUUACACCUACCGAAUUCAAGAGCUCACGAGCUGAGAAAGCUAGCAUGAAGGCACUCAAGCCAACAGAUUUUAUGGACGAAGAAGAUUUCGGUGAAUUUGGUAUUGCACCACAAAAGAUCCAAACGAAAGAAGAUUUUGGAACAGCAUCAACAAGUGCUAAUAAAAGAAGACGAGAAGCGCCAUCUGAGGGUCCAAUUCCUGGCGAGCCAGUACUCAGAAAUCUUUUAAAACCAGUUCAUGAUAAAGCAGCAGUUCGAGUAUUAAAGAAAAUGGGAUGGAGAGAUGGUCAAGGCAUUGGUUCAAGGAUGACUUAUAGUGAAAAAAAGCGUACGAGUGAAAGGAAUAAGAAGGAAGUAUUUGUAUUUAGUAAAUAUGGAACUAAGGAAAACAGAGCUGAUUCUGAAGAUGACAGCAUGAGUGAUGAAGAAAUAACGUUCGUACCUGACGAUUUUGAUCCAUUUAUUGCCAAUAUUAAGGAUAAUACUUUUGGAUUAGAAUAUUCCGGACUUAAAGCACCGUCGACAUCUUUAAAGCAUAUAAACCUCUUCGAACCAUUUCAACUUUAUGACAAAAAGACUAAAAAAAAGUUUUCAAUAUCAGGACAAGCUUUUGGUGUUGGAGCUUUAGAAGAAGAUGAUGAUGAUAUUUAUGCUAUGGAUGAUAUGAGGAACUAUGAUCGAACAUUAGGCGAUGAUAAGAAUAAAAAUAUUAAAAAAGUAUCAAAGCCAAUAGAUGCGUCAAUAAUUGAAGGAUUCUCUCGUGCUACAAUCAAUGACUGUAAUAUUCGCGUAUAUUCUGUGGAUAUUCCAAGAGACUUUGAACCAAGGAAUUGGCUACAAAGAAAAUCAAGAUUUGCGCCAUUACCAAACGAAAAAAAGAAAGAAAUAGAAUUACAGAAUAAGCAUAAAGUUCUUGGUUUAGGACGGCAUGACCUGAAUCCUGAAGAGCGUGGAAAAUUGUUGAAUGAACCAGAGAAGCCAAUAGAACCACCAAAACCUGAUAAUGAUGAAAUUGAAAGGCGAAAGCAAGCUCAAGAGGAAAAAUCCAGAAAAAUGUUAGAACUACUGAAUAGCAAGCAGUUUGUAUCUGAAAAGUCAAAGACUAAGGAAGAUUUUAAGCCAUUUAUAAGUAAUCCAGAUAAACAAGAAAGGUACGAGAAGUAUUUAACCUUUAAAGCCUCAGAUGAAGCAACAAUCGAUAAAUUCUUCAACGACAUCCAGCCACUUUCAAUGUCAUCUUUUGAGCGUGAAAUGGAAAAGAAGGAAUUCAUUCAAGCUAGACGUAUGUAUCAGCCACUAGAUUCACUAAUAGGAAGUCGCUUUAUAAAAGAAUCAGACAUAAAUACGGAACCAGAAAUUGUCAAAAAGAAACUUAAAGAUGGAAAAGAAGUAAUUGUCAUUGAACGUACAAAAGUGAUGUGGAAACCACACAAAGUUCUCUGCAAGCUUUUUAAUAUCCCCGAGCCAUUUGGUGGAAUGAUGUAUGACGAGGAAGCAGAAAAGAAAAAGAAGAAAAAACAAUCUAGCUCAUUAUUUGAUUACAUUGGAGUUCCAUUAAAUACGAAAGCAAAUUUUGUAGCACCACAAGUCAUACCAAGAAAACUCAAAGAAGAUCAUAACAGGCAGAACGAGGAGGAAAAGAGAAAAAAGAGUUUUCUAGCUGCAAUUGAGAAAGAAAAAUCAUUUAUGAAUAAACGAGCAACAGCCAAAGAUUUCUUCAAUGAGAAUGACUCAAUUCAUAAAGAAUCGGAAGUGAACAACGUAAAAGAAGUCAAGAAAAUCGUACCCGACCCGCCAAAGACAGAAUUAGAAAUCAAAGUAGCUGAAAGUAUUCACAAAAAGCCGGAAGAAAAGAAAGAUUUAUUUAAAGCAAUAUUUUGUGAUAGUGAUAGUGACGACGAAGACAAAGACGAUAAUUCACAAGAAAAUGCGGAAGGAGUUCAAAAAGUAAGUUCCGAUGCUAUUCAAGGAAACUCAACUCUAACAGAAAAACAGAAGUCUUCAUUCAUUGAGAGCUUCCUGAACACGAAAAGCGCUAGUGAAAUUAAUGUCCUUAGAAAUGCUUCGCCUCCGAGAGGAAUUUUCAAAAGUAUAUUUGAAUUAGGUCCAACGACAUCCAAAACAUCAAUACAUGCUAAAAAUGACACAAUUGAGGACGAGGAAGAAAUUUAUGGACCAGCACUUCCGAAAAAUACUCCAACAGUCUCAAACAAUCAGAAAAACAGCACUGAUGAUGACACGUCGUCAUCUGACAGCAAUUUGGAUGAGAAACUAUUGAAAAAGCUCAAAAAAGUCAAAUCAUCGAGUAGGGAAAAAGAAAAGUGGAUUGAAAAAGACAAACUUAAAAAGUCAAAGAAAUCCAAGAAGAAAAAAUCACAUAAAAAGUCUCAUAAAAAGCAUAAAUCUAAGAAAUAUGAAUAAAAGAAAUAAGCGGCGAGCUGUUAAAGUUUCUUUUUACACGCUUUUUUUAUAUAUUUG